AUGGGUAGAAGUUCAUUAUUUACAAGAUCAAAAAUGAUUAGAUAUCUUAAAGUUAUGGAAAAGUUUGCAUAUGCAACAAUUAUAUUUGGUUCAGUAGGUUUUUACUUUGCAACAAAAGAUGAAGAACAGAUUGAAAAAGAAAACUUUUUAGCUAAAUAUACAAAUAAACCAAAUGAAACACAACAAAUUACUCAAGAAAGUACAACUCAAUCCCAAAAAUCCCAAAAUUAA